AUGAGUGGGCUCCGAGUUCCUGCAGCGGCAGGCACUGGGGGAGGAGCCGGUGUCGGCAGAGCAGGAGACCAGGGGGGAUCAGCGGCUGCGGCUAUGGAGACUAGUGCACCAGCUACUGUCGCUGAUAUUACUGAGCAGUUUCGGCGUACUCACACUUCUGGAGGAGGGGCAGCAGCCGCAGGAGCAGCAGGUGCAGGGGCUGGGGCUGCCACGGACCCUGCUCUACUUUCCAGGGUGGCGGAGAUUAGGGACGCCAUCCAGGCAGAGACGGUACCACCAGAGUUUACAGCGCUCAUAGAGACAGAGUCCGCUGUACUAGCAGCUGACUUGCGAGCCGUCGUUAAGACCGAGAGGGGUCUGGCGAAGACUCGCAAGCAGUUUUCUGAGGGACAGGUGGCGCACUGCAUCCCGAAGAACUUUGUACCUGAGCUCCACCUCCACACUACAGAGGCACAGGAGCAGCUUCGGACUAGGAUGCAGGAGCUUCAGCAGCACGCACAGGGACAGAUGCAGCUGAUUCUUAUCAGCGGCCAGGUGGAGGACUUGCAGCAGCUUCAGACUCGGCAGUUUGCAGCAGAGCCGGCACGCUCUGCUAUCUGGCAGAGCAUCCAGACGCUGAGGGUUAGGUGCCACGCUGCUGUUACAGACGCACUCCUCCGUGUAGGGCUGCAGCACCGGCAGUACGCAGACACUGAGAGCAGGCGGGUGGAGCAGCAGCAGCGUCAGAGAGAGCGACGUCAGGAGCGGCGUGAGCAGGCAGAGGCGACGCCUGUAGACCAGACCAUGGGAGAGUUUGUCCCCAGGGAGGUCGAGAGGCAGGUGGGCGCCUGGCAGGACGAGGCCCGGGAGCAGCUUCGUCGCAUCCUCGAGCGACUUGACCGUUUGGAGGGGCGGCGCUCAGGGCAGACCGCAGAGGCGGUAGAGGAGGACGUUGGGACCGGGGAGGUCGUUGGGGGAGGGGUGGACUGGACGGCGGGUGGCAGGACCGGUCCCUCGUACUUUCCCUUUUCUGGCGCACCUGCGCAGCAGCAGUUCUACCAGCAGCCUUUUUUGGGGCCUUCUUUCCAGCAGCAGCAGUUUGGAGCACCCCUCCGGCAGCAGCAGUUUGGAGCACCUCCUCCGACCCCCCCCACAGCCCCCCCUGCCACAGCAGCCUCCACAGGGCGCUCUGUGCAGGAGGUGGCGGACAAGCUAACUAACGUGGCUGUCCACAACCUUUCGCGCAGGCAGUUGUCAGAGGAUGAGCUUGCAGGCCUCGCCCUUGGCCUCAAGUUCAUCCCGACACCACCCUCCUUAGACCAGGAGCAGCUGAGACAGGCGGUGGAGCAGUUUCAGAGGAGGGUCAGGCUGGCUUGGCAGUUCCGGGACAGUCGCAGACCAGUACCCAGGUUCAGAGUCCCACGUCCCAGCUGGCAGCCGAGUUCGGGACCAGAGGAGGUUGAGGAGUACCUGGCCGGGGUAGCUGACAGGGUAGAGGGUUUGUCGGAGCUGAUAGGGGGGCCAGCGCGGCCCAACGUGAGCAGGAGGGUGUUGGGCGCGCUGCAGAGGUUGAGUCGGGACCGGUCUAUAGUUAUUAAACCGGCCGACAAAAACCUUGGGAUUGCGGUGUUAGACAGGGAGUGGUACGAGGGGGAGGCGCUGAGGCAGCUGGGGGACAGGGCGGUUUACGAGCCGGUGGCUAUGGUGCCGUUGCAGAGACUUUGGGGGCAGUUGUGUCGGUGGGCAGAGCAGGCACGCCUGGCAGGGUUGCCGUCGCAGGUGUUAGACUUUAUCCUGCAGCCACGCACUCCGUGUUUGGAGCGGGCUACCAGAGCUUGGGAGCGGUUUCGGGUGUGCAGAUUCUACUUGCUACCGAAGCUGCACAAGACUCCAGUAGCCGGCAGGCCUAUCUGCUCGUCCACGCUCUGGGUUUUUGAGCAUGCAUCGGCAGUCUUAGACCACUACCUCCGCCCUUUACUACGGUUUUCACCCUCGCACCUUCCAGACUCACUUGCACUUUUGCACCAGCUAGAGGACCUUCGUGUGCCAGCAGAGGCUCUCUUCCUGACCUACGACGUUGAGAGCCUCUACCCAUCGAUCCCUAUCGACGCAGGUAUCAGCUGCAUCGAGAGGUGGUUGCUUCGGUGGGCAGCACAGGGGAGGAUUGCAAGGGGGGUAGCAGACACACUGGUGCAGCUGUUGGGGUUGGUCAUGAGGCAGAACCACCUCGAGUUUGGUGGUCGUUUUUUGGCGGCAGGUUCGGGGGACUGCUAUGGGCACGCCUGUAGCAGUGAUCUACGCGGUUCUGUUCAUGGCUUGGUUAGACGAGAGGUUGCUAGAGACAGAGCCCGAGUUGUCGCAGCACGUCCUUCUCCACCGCAGGUUCAUAGACGACGGGGUGGUGGUUUGGACGGGGACACGGGAGCGGCUGCCUGGAGUGGCAAGGGAGAGCUCUGGCAGACGACGGCUAUCUUGGACACCACGACCUUCCAGAAGCCGCUCAACGUGUACCAGUACUUUCCUUUCUCCUCCGCGCACCCCUCUCACUGCAAGAGGGGCUUCAUCUUGGGUGAGCUGCAGCGGUACAUUCUGAGGGAGUCCAGUUCUCGAGGGUUUAGGAGUAUCAGGUCGGCCUUCUACGCUCGGCUGCGGGCGGCGGGGGUACCCAGACACUUUCUUGCAGCCGAUCUUCAGCAGCAUCUCCUACGCACGACGCCCGGAGCUUCUUGCCAGGUCACGGGCUCGGGGGGGAGGGGGAGCAGGAGGCGCAGCAGCGGGUUCUCCCUCUUGUUCUCGACUUCCACCCAGAGUGUGGCAGCAGGUCCGCUGGGGUAG